AUGGCGAAGGAGAUUAAGGACGUCAAAACUUUCCUAACCACCCUAAAGCGCCCGGAUGCAAAGGGGAUUAUAGUUGUUAAGAAGAAACUUAGAAAUGGUAAUUUUGUUACCAAGUUUAAGACUAGAUGCUCCCGCUUCCUAUACACCUUUGUGGUCACCAAUCAGGCUAGAGCCAACAAAAUUGAGGCUAGUCUUCCCAGUGGAUUGCCAAAGAAGGUUAUUUCUACUAUUAAAAAAUAA